AUGCGGUGGGGCAUCCCCCUGAAGACAAAGGAUGAAGUGACUGACGCGCUUGAAACCCUGAUUAAAGAAGUCGCCGACCCCGAGGGCAUCUGCAUCGGGAACAUCCGUUGCGAUGGCGCAGCUGACUUCAAGCGUACGUUCUUAGCAAUGUGUCGGUCCUUCGGGAUUGCUGUGGAGACAAGCCCCCCGUACGUCCCUCAAGGGAAUGCUGUCGCCGAACGCGGUUUCGGGACUGUCAUCGGGGCAGCACAUAGCCUCAUGCUUGGAGCUCCGCACCUGCCGCGUCAACUGUGGGCGGAAGCCGUGAAGGCCGCCAUUUACAUCAAGAACCGCACACCUACUGACGUCCUGGACGGCAAAGCACCACUUGAGGUUUGGGAGGACGAACCACUCGGCAGCUUGAAGCACAUGCAUGAGUGGGGGUCUGUAGCGUUUAAGCACGUAGAAGCUCGCUGGUAG